UGUGACGUCACGAAUGGAGGUAAAUGUUUUCCCUGCCCUGUAAUAGAUUGAAAAACUGUUGAAAACAUCUUUCGAAGUAAAUUACACGCGAGCCGUAGAGCUUCAGUUAUUGGAAUUUGCCGUUUUUAAUUGUGAGACGAUGAUGAUACAAAUGUGAAAACGAUUGUUUGUGUACAAAGCGUAUGUGGCACCUUGUCAUUGGAAGACACGUCCUUUCCGGUGAUUCGUAAAGUGCCACAAUAUUUCCUAUUUAUUAAGAUAUAUCGUAUUUAUUACGUUAACAGUUUCAGGAUGAUGCAAGAUGUGUUAGAAGCUAAUGACCCCAUCUCACAGCCAGGUCUCAUCCAGAGAUUAAGCACAAGCAUUAAAAGGAUAUAUCAGUACUACCUAGACAAAUGGACACCUCACACCGCUUCUCGAUGGAUUUUUACAAUGGUUAUGAUCGUAGGGUUUGUGCUUCGUAUUGUGGUAAGACAGGGAUGGUAUAUCGUAUGUUAUGCACUGGGCAUUUAUCAUCUUAAUCUCUUCCUUGCAUUCCUCACACCAAAAAUUGAUCCAGCAUUUACACAAGAUGAAGAUGACGGACCAGGCUUACCCACCAAAGCAAAUGAAGAAUUCCGGCCCUUCAUGAGGCGUCUUCCAGAGUUCAAAUUCUGGUAUAGUGUCACAAAGUCCACGUUAGUUGCGUUCUUUUGUACAUUCUUUCAGCUGUUUAAUGUGCCGGUGUUUUGGCCCAUUCUUGUCAUGUACUUCAUCACACUGUUUUGCAUUACUAUGAAAAGACAAAUAAGGCACAUGAUAAAGUAUAAAUACCUACCGUUCUCCUUGGGGAAACCACGCUACCAGAGCCAAGAGAGUUCAGCUAAACCUGCUGCCCACUGACCCUGUCAUAGGAUAUCACAUUUAUUAAGCGUAGCCUACUGCAGUGCUGCUACUUUUGCGGCUGUUAAAUAUCAUUAUUUGUGGAAGUUAUUUUUGGAAGUGUACAAUACCAAGUACAGUACAGUAAAUUACAUGAACGUUGAUAGCCAUAUUGGCGCCAAUUCACUAUUUUGACUACUGUGCUUAGGUACACGGGAUUGCUCUUCACAUAUAUAAAGCCAACCUUUUGACUGCCGAUUCAUUUCCAAAUUUGAAACAUUUCAUAACUGAAUUUUGUAAUUAAUGGUCAUCAUAUUAACAAUAGUGUUAUUUUUGUCUCCAUUCUUUUAUUUUAGGCUUUCAUGUUACUCAUCAUUCCUUAGUUCUUUACUUACAAUGGAUGUUUAUACUAUACCUGUACAGUGAUUUCAUAUAGCUGUAAAAUAUUUUUAGAUGGGUUAAUCUUGUAUUUAUGUCAUAAGGAAAUGUAUAAUGGAGAUUAAAGAGUUGAAUACACUUUAGCCACUUUUUUUUUUUUUUUUUUUUUAAAGGAAUAAGGCACGUCAUUAAUAGUCAUGUUGUACAGGUAUACAGAAAUUGUAUCAAAAUCUAUUGUUUAAAUAUAGGUAGUGCUAUUACUAUAAUUGGUAUUUACUGUAUAUUAUUGUUAUUCAAGACAGAUGGUAUAGAUUUCACACCAUGAUUAAGAUUUAAAAGAAAUUUUGUAAUAUUUGUUGAAAAUGCUUUUAUAAAUGUGUAAAGGAGAAUUUUUUGGAAUGGUGAUCUUGCUAGUUUUUCCAGUAGUUUUGCUUUUAUUAUAAUGGAAAACUUUCAACCAAAUGGUUAACAAAAUUUUAGGAAAUUUGUUGUAUUAGGCCUCUUUCCAAGUCAAAGGAAUUUUGUUGUACUAUUGGACCUGUUAGCUUUUUCUUUGAAAAGACAAACAAUUUUGUUUUGCAAGUUCAGUGAUCAAAGAUUAUACUAAAAGAUAUUGAGUUGUAAAUAAUGUGCAAUGUUGAAAUAUAAUCUAAAAUAUUUUUAGAGGGGUACAAGUGUAUGGGGAGUGCACUACAUACUACUUUAGUCUUUUUCUAGAUGUUUGAUGUGAGAGUCGUGUCUCGAGAGUAAAUGAUGAUAAUAUGAUUUAAGUGAAUUUUU